CUCCUCGUCAAGCUUUGAGCACAGCUGCCAGAAGAGCAACCCUCGCCUUCUUUUUGUUUCUCACGGCCCUUCAUCCUCCUCGACCCCAUCUCGCAUCGUUUCCUACCCUCGCUUUGGCUAUGGCAUCUUCAUCCUCCAGCGCGGCUCCCCCUGCCGCCGCCCCAGCACUCGCCUCCUCUUCGACUACCCUAGCGCCAUCAGCUUCCACUUCUUCUAUUGCCGAACCCUCCCACGACGGCAUGUCCCUCUCCUACGGCUCCUCUCCUCCGGAAGUCUUCGAUGAAAGCGACGACGAGUGUCUCUUUGUCAGGUGUCACGCGCCAGAAGAGAAGCCAUCGUUCGUAUGGGUUUGCCUAGGUGUGGGAGGAGGGCCAUUGGAGAAUGACUGCUCGUGUUACAUGGUCAAGCCGGCUGAUCGGCACUGGAGGGAUGGCACAUACGUAGUCGAAGGUGGCUCCUGGCUCGGCGCUCUCAGUCGCGUUUGCGAGGAUCCUGCACCUGGCAAGCUCUCCGCUUUCCACGACUUUGACUUCUCCCACAGCAACGCGUCACUCAGAGCCGGAGAGAUUGGUUCCUAUGCCCAGGCAUUCCUAAUCUCCCAUGCUCACUUGGACCACAUUCUUGGUCUUGUGCUAGGAUGUGCCAGUUUACCGGGGAAGAGGGCAGUGUAUGGACUCAAGUCGACAUUGGAGAAUUUGCUCAACAUCUUUGAUGGGAAGCUUUGGCCCAAGUUGGCCAGCUUCAAGGAAGAUGCACCCUUUAUCGUGUACCAUCUGAAGCCGAUUGAGACGCAGGUGACACUCCAUCUGGACGAUGUCAUGUCCACAGUGCCCUUUAGCCUCUCUCACGGUCUUGCUUCCUCCACAGUACCCGCUCCUCCCACCCCUACCUUCUUUGUCCCCUCGAAUUCCACUACACCGGCCAAUUACUUUGGCAAGCGGUAUUCCCUUCCUCUAAAUACCCUCGCCCCUGGAUCAGGGCCUGGCGCAAAGGCAAUGCCGAUCAGAGCAAUGGAAGCCUCUGCCGCUUUCCUCGCAGGAGGCGGUCCGAAGGGUACAAGACCGAGCUUCACUAGCCCCUUUGCACCCGAUCAGCCUGUGGAUACGCCAGAGUCACCCGAGCCUACACCGCCUGGGGGUUACUCGAUGGCUGCCACAUCGUCUUCACCCGCAGACAUGGCGGUGCCCUCUCAGAACCACACAGACGCUGCUUCGACUGACUGGACAAAGUCAUUUGAUGCCAACGAGAGCGGCGGCCAAUCUCUUUCGUACCUCAACAGUCGUCAAAGAGGUCCUCCUUCGCCCAGCUCCCCAACAUCAUCGGGCAGUGGGUUCAAGAAGAGCCCGCUGUCACUCCUGUCAUCAGCCAGGCGUCCAAAGACUUCGGCAGCUUCAGAGAAGGAAGCUUGGGGUGGUGGGACUCUGGCAGAGGGGCAAGGGGCGAAUGCUGGAGGAAAGCCGACUCUACUGAGAUCCCUUAGUCGCAGUAGCGUCAAGAGUAGUGGCAGUGGCAGUGCCUCUCUGUCUCCUCUUCAGUCAUCACAGGCACAACAUCACCCGUCUGCCCUCCAGCCUUCCAUUGGCCAUUCCGCAGCUCCCAUUACCCGCUCAGGCAAAGGUGGAUUCAGGGAAGCAGCACCUCGAAGACUGUCUAUCGACCGGCAUCCACCAACGAUGGACUCGACUGCCUUUUUCCUCACAAACAAGCAGACUGGCAUGGAUGUUCUCUUCUUUGGCGACGUGGAGCCCGACUGCAUCUCCCGUUCUCCGCGCAACAAGAAGGUCUGGUCCUACGCUGCCAAUAAGUUCGCUCGGGGAAAGCUCAAUGCAGUCUUCCUCGAGUGCUCCUUCCCUGCUGCUCAGCCGGUAGAAUUCCUGUGGGGCCACUUGAGCACCCAUCACCUCGUGGAUGAGCUAGUGGUGUUGGCAAGAAUGGUCAAGGGUGAGAGGGCAGUGAUGGAAAAGGAUCGUCAGCGAGAGAGGUCUCGUAGUCAGGAGCGAGGACAGAAGACUAGUCUGGACGGAGCAGACGGCACCACCCCUCGUCAGACUCCCGCCAAGCAGCAACAGCAGCAAGGCGGGCCAUUCGACUUUGGUUUCUUCCCCGAUACGUCGGAUGGAGCGGGUCCUACCUCGUCUGCUAUGCCUCCCUCCGACUCGGCUUCUUCCGAGAUGGACAUCCUCUCUUCCCUCCCGCAAGGGUCCGGCCUUUCGGCCUCAGCAGGAGGAGCAGGAAGUGCAUCUGUCGCGGCCGAAGACUUGCGCGAUGUCCUCAAGGGUCUAACGGUCAUCAUCGUCCACGUCAAGCAAGCCCUCUUCCCUUCGUAUGCAGACGCACCAGAAGAAGCCGCUUCGACUCCUACAGCGACGGAUGCGGCCGAAGGACAAGGAGCAGGAGGAGCAAAGGAGAAGCCAGAAAAGGCCAAAGUCCUAGAUCCUCGUACUAUGCAGGUACGAUUGCUUCAGGAAUUGCGUGAAAAGGAGGCACAGACGCAGAUGGGGGUGAGGUUUGUUAUGAGCAAGCAGGGUAUGAGGAUAGAGAUGUAGAGUGGAGAAGAGGAGAGUGGUGAGAGAGAGGAAAAGGAAUGAGAUAGAAAGGCAGGGGAAGAGGAUGAUGAGAGCGAGGAUCAGGGUGAGGGGGGCAGCCUGGCU